CGCCCGCCCUCCGAGCCUACGACCCGCCGCGAGUCGCCGCGCCGCCGCGGCCCGCUCUCCCACCAGAGAAUAACAGAAAACUAGCACCGCCAGCGUCCGCGAACACCCCACGCUCCACACUAAUGCUGUAACUGUGAUAUUUGUACAAAACUCCGCGUUCCGUCACUCUGCCGACGCUGGACCAUGCGGGUACACAACGUGAGGAACGGAUUCGUUUCCCAGCCUCCCGCGACACGCGCUGCUACGCUGUGGAGAUGAGAGACGGUAAGAGUGUACCUGAUACAUGUACAAAAAUGUUCGAUAUGUCAAUUCAAGAAGUGAAUGGUAAAGGACCUAAAAAGAGGAAAAAGUCGUUAGAGCGUAUCUGUGAUAAUGAGGAGCGUGGGGCUGAAGUGUCUGGGGAGAGCGUGCCGGAGGAAAACCGGGCCAGCGCCAGCGCGAGGGAGGAGUCCGGCGGCGUGCAGCUGCUGCACUGGCGGGACAUGCCGCAGCACCUGCAGUUCAACCCGUACGUGCUGACCGGCUACCGUCCGCUGCAGAGCUGGGCCGGCUGUGUCGGCAGCCUCUUCUACUUCCACAACGAGACCAUCAACAUCCUCACGCAUGGAGUCUCCCUUGUGUACAUAUUGGUGGUACUCCCAGGGUUGCUCCCCUGGCGGAGUGGGCCUGGCGCCUGGUUCCUAUCAAUGUGCCACCUCCUUGGAGCCCUGGCGCCCUGGUGUGGCUCCUUCCUCUACCACCUCUUCAUGAACCACACGCGCGGGGAACAGCUGUACCAUCGCCUGCUGCAGCUCGACAUGCUUGGCAUAUGGGUCAGUCAGAGCAUAGGAGCGAUCCCGAUGGUGACGGCGACAGUGUACUGUGCGCCUGCGCCGCUGCGGUACCUCGCACUCGCAGUCUACAGCCUCGGCAGUCUCAUCGGACUCUAUAAGGCGAUGCGCGCAUGGUCUCCAUGGGAGCGACGGCUGUGCUUCGCAGCUCCAUUCUGCAUGCGCGUGCUGCUGGCCGGCGCGCGCGCAGCCCGGCUCGGGGGCGGCGACCCGCACGCUAUACUGCACGUGUUUUUGCAGGAUGCAGUAUCCCUGGGGGGCGGUGUGAUCGGUGCCAUGCAUAUACCGGAGAAAUGGUUCCCAGGCACGGUGGACCGCUGCCUCAACUCGCACAACAUCAUGCACGUACUCGUCGUGCUCGCCGUCUAUUCCAUGCACCAGGUGACAACGCGCGACAUAGAAUGGAUGUCGCGCGUCGACUGCCGCGCACCGCUGCGCACUCUCUGACGCUCAGCGCACGCCUCGCCGCAUCAACUCGCGUCCUUUGCCGCGCCAACCCGCGUCCACACAUCGCCUCCGUCUACUCAACUUUACUCACUUCUAAUCAACUCAUGCACGCUAACUUAAGGCUUCCUAACUCGCUGUUCGGACUUGGACAACUAUUAUUUUAGAAUCGUAAGACCAAAGGAGCCAACUAUUGAUUGAUUACUCGAGAAAUGAAGAUAUCCCGAACUCACUUUUAUUAUUUGAAAAUUACUUAUUACUUAUUGGCUACAGUGACUGGAAACAAUAACAACUAAAACACUGGCAAAACUGAACAAGGAACUACUUUUACAAGAAGCUAAAUACAUUGGUAUAAUAUAAUAUUGUACCUACGCAUAAAUACUUUGUAAGCAUAAAUUAAUCAUCCGCUAAUAUUAAUAAUCUACAAUGUGAUGUCGAUCCCAGUUUUUAACAAAAUAAACGUCCGAAGCAAUUUUUUUCAUUUCAACUUAUAGAACUUAGUUCGAAACAAAUAAUAAUUAGGAAGUCUUAAAAUCUCGUAAGUUGCAAUGUAACACAGUUUUUAUUGAAUAAAAGUCAGUCUUCCGAACUCUUGCGUUAAGGUCGAGUUUAGAAAGAUAAAGUAUUAAGCGUGGUCCUCCAAAUGUCUUCGUGAAACAAUAAUAAGUUAUUUUCCAUGAAGGAAAAUAGUUCCAGGAGCACGUUAGGUUUAGAUACUUGGACAUCUGACAAGACGAUUAGAUGCCAAAAUAAGAUGUGCAAGAAAUCUUCCUAUUAAUAUAGUUAUCAUUUGGUCUUAUGGAAUCGGCUGUAGCUUAGUCAAUAAUGUAGUCCCUAAUUAGCGUGAUGCCACUGAUGACGUUACGCUGGACUAGUGUCGGACAUUCGUCUGCUAGCAUAUCUACACCUGCUAUAACGAUGCUCACAUAAUAUAUCUAAGCAUGUAUACAGGAGAGUUCUCUAUUUUCAGGUAAAAGUCCCUAUAAUUUCUAUGUGAUGUCAACUAUACAAAUAGCAGUGCAAUCUUUCUUACAAAUAUUGUUAUUCGUAAAAUGCUGAUAAUAUCGCCUCAUUAACAAUGCACGUGCGUUAAAAAACAGUGAACACAAAGGACAAAAAAAUCCUAAUAUUCAUCCAGUUUAUCUGGUACACUGCUCUAGAACAUUAUAUGUUAAUGUUG